GUGACUUUGGUGGUGUUUGUGAUAAUUGGUGUCAUCUCUUGCUAUUGUGCAAAGAGAUACACAAACACUCCCCACAAUGCAGUUCAAGUUUGGGAGGUUAUUGCUCCCACCAUGGAGAAUUUCCUCCAAGAAAUGGCAAGGGAGAAGCCUGUUAGAUUCACAGCACAGCAGCUAUAUUCAUUUACCAGCAAUUACUCAACUAGGUUGGGUUCUGGAGGUUUUGGGGCAGUCUACAAGGGUCGGUUUCCAAAUGGAGAGAGGAUUGCAGUAAAGGUUCUUAAGUGGAGUGUAGACAAAAGAGCAGAAGAGCAAUUCAUGGCAGAAGUUGGCACAAUUGGAAGAACUUACCACGUAAAUCUGGUCAGACUUUAUGGUUUUUGCCAUGACCAGUACAUGAGUGCGCUUGUCUAUGAGUACAUGGAAAAUGGUUCGCUUGACAAGUACUUGUUCAGCGAAACACAAACAAUUGAAUGGGAGAAGUUACAUGAAAUUGCAAUCGGAACAGCCAGAGGUUUAGCUUACUUGCAUGAAGAAUGCCAGCAAAGAAUCAUUCAUUAUGAUAUAAAGCCUGGAAAUAUUCUGCUAGAUGAAAAUUUCUUUCCCAGAGUAGGAGAUUUCGGACUCGCAAAGCUUUGUAAUAGAGACAACACACAUGUUACACUCACAGGAUAUAGGGGCACUCCUGGCUAUUCAGCACCAGAAUUCUUGUUAAAGAAUCAUCCAAUAACACAUAAAUGUGAUGUAUAUAGCUUUGGAAUGGUACUGUUCGAGAUAAUUGGUCGGAGAAAAAAUGCAAGUGUCGGUUCUACUGAUAGCCUUGAUUGGUUCCCUAAACAUGUUUGGGAAGAAUAUGAGAAAGGUGAACUGGGUGCAGUGACAUUAGCUUGUGGUAUUGAAGAGAAAGACAAAGAGAAAGCAGAGAGAAUGAGUAAGGUGGCAUUGUGGUGUGUACAGGACUCGCCAGAGGGCAGGCCACCAAUGAGUGCUGUGGUAAAAAUGUUAGAGGGAGGAGGGGAGAUUGUGCCACCUCCAAAACCAUUUCAGUAUUUGUUCUCAGUUGGCAUGACAGCCCUUAAUCCACUAGAAACCAGUGAUGGUUCAAGUUAUACCACAAGCGAAGAAAGUCAGUCUCGCUGGUACAAGGAGACCACUCCAAUCAUGGCCAAGUAUGAAAUCCAGAUGGCUAGUUCUGCUUAA